AUGAGCACCUGGGAGGAAACCCCACGACCCCGUGGCAGCGACCUUCGGCAUCCUGUCUUCCCCUGCGCAGUGCCCCCGGCCUGGGAGUUGGCUGAAAACAAUGAAGCUUGUUUGGAUCAGGAACAUGCACUUUACACGUUCAAGGUAAAUCAGCUUCAAGUUCUACGACCUCUUUCACAAGCAGCUUGUACCUCACGGACACCUGCCGAGUGCAGUCAGGCUGUGGCUGACGCCUGGGACUCUUUGAAACCGUCAUCCCGCUUCAGGUUCCUUGCCAGCAGCAGCAUCACUGCCUCCUUUUUCGUGGGCACCCCGAGACAGGCGAGGCAGGCCCCGCACCCAACACCAUGCCCGGCUGGGGAGCAGCAGUGA